AUGGUACUCAAGGCUGCUAUUCCACUAGCUGUCGCGUUUUCUACUGUUUUGGCAGCAGCGGCAACUAUUAAUAAGAGAAUUUAUCUCGGAGAAGAGGCCAAGGAGGGUGAAUUUCCAUUCAUCGUCCGUUUACACUACGAAGAUCCUACUCUUUUAUGUGGAGGCAGUUUAUUGGAUAGUACUACAGUUCUUACUGCUGGUCAUUGCCAGCCUAAACGUGUUACUAGCGUGAGAGCAGGCAGCUUGAACAAGGACUCCGGAGGAGUAGUCGCAGAAGUCGAAUCCGUAGUAGUCCACCCGGAUUACAAGAGGUUUAUCGGCGAGGUGAACAAUGAUAUUGCUAUCUUGAAAUUAUCAACACCUAUUCAAGAGAGCGAGAUAAUUAGCUACGCGAAGCUGCCUGCAAGCGGCUCAAGCCCUGUAAUUGGCUCCAUCGCCGUAGCUGCCGGCUGGGGUACAACCGGGCCUCUUAGCAAGGGUGAUGUGUCUGACAAACUUCUCAAGGUUGCCAUGCCUAUUGUCGAUAUCAAUUCCGAUUCUUGUAAAGCCUCUUCUGCUGUACAGCUUCCGGAUACAAAAGUGUGCGCUGUUGGUGGGGGGGAUACAGGCAAAGGCGACAGCGGCGGUCCUCUUAUUGACCAGGAAACAGGACAAUUAAUCGGCAUCGUGUCGAUCGGACCCCGUUAUACUAGGAUUAGCAGCUACAUCCGGUUUAUUGACGAUGUUAAUAACGGGAUUAACGGGGUUGAUCCGCGCCAUGUAACGGGCUAG